UUACUCCCAAUCAGUGACCGUUCCCUUCUGCAAAGAGUUUCUCAGUCACCCAGAGACAUAACCAAAGCAAAAUAGCAAAUCCCAUGUCCCAUGAGGCCAUGAGGCCAUGACCAUAUCUAAGUUGACCCAUAAACCCAAGACCAAGAAAAAAUCACUGCUUCCACUCCCAUUUCCACUCCUUCCACCGAAUCCCAUUCCAUGCAACUUGGAAUAACAAGACAAGAACAACAGUACUACUGAGUCGCUGACCCACAACCCCCCCUCUUCUUCUUCUUCUCCUUCAAUCCUUAACAGCUCUCCUUGAAAACUCAGCUUUGCUCCAAUGGCUUCCCUCUCAAUCUCAAUUGGGACCCACUUAUCUUCAACCUGCCAUUUCAAGAACUAUUCACUUCCUCAAACCCAAAACUCAGUUCCUUCCCAUCAUUGCUUUGGCUCAUCUCUGUGUAGAACCAGAGGUCCAAGAUUGCUUGGCAAUGGGGUUCUUGCUAGAGCUGAAGAUAAGGCCAGAGGUUCUUCGUCUUCUUCUUCUUCUUCGUCUCAGCCUCAACCAAACUCUAACUCUGAGAACCAGCUAGAGGAGCUGACGCAAAAAUCUGGAUCAUGUGAUCCUUUAUGUUCACUAGAUGAAAUAAGUUCAAGCGAUUUUGAAGCCACUUACCAGCCCAAGACUGAUUUGCUGAAAGCUCUUGCAGUAAUUGCAGCAGCUGCAACAGGGGCAGUGGCAAUUAACCAAUCAUGGGUUGCUGCAAAUCAGGAUGUUGCGAUGGCAUUGCUAUUUGGAAUAGGAUAUGCAGGCAUCAUUUUUGAAGAAUCUUUAGCUUUCAAUAAAAGUGGAGUAGGAUUACUGAUGGCCGUGAGCUUAUGGGCAGUGCGUAGCAUUGGGGCUCCUUCAACUGAUAUAGCUGUUUCAGAGCUAACGAAUGCAUCUGCAGAAGUCAGUGAAAUAGUAUUUUUCUUGUUUGGUGCAAUGACCAUUGUGGAGAUAAUUGAUGCUCAUCAAGGUUUUAAGCUGGUUACCGACAAUAUAACCACCCGAAAGCCGCGGACUCUCCUCUGGGUGAUUGGUUUGGUGACUUUUUUCCUUAGUUCAGUCCUUGAUAACCUGACGUCUACCAUUGUCAUGGUUUCUUUAUUGAGGAAACUAGUACCUCCAUCAGAAUUUCGCAAGCUUCUGGGAGCUGUUGUUGUGAUAGCAGCAAAUGCAGGUGGUGCAUGGACUCCCAUAGGUGAUGUUACCACUACUAUGCUGUGGAUACAUGGUCAGAUAUCAACUUUGCAGACAAUGAAGGGCUUAUUUGUACCUUCAGCUGUUUCUCUAGCUGUCCCACUGGCUCUUAUGUCCCUGACUAGUGAAGUUAAUGGAAAGGGACAGGAUUCUUCCAGUGUUAUGGCAUCUGAACAGAUGGCUCCCCGAGGACAGCUUGUUUUUUUUGUAGGUAUUGGAGCUUUGAUUUUUGUUCCAGUGUUCAAGGCCCUAACCGGUUUGCCUCCUUUUAUGGGUAUCCUGCUUGGACUUGGAGUUCUUUGGAUUCUAACUGAUGCUAUCCACUAUGGUGAAUCUGAAAGGCAGAAGUUAAAAGUACCACAAGCUUUAUCACGGAUUGACACUCAAGGAGUUCUUUUCUUCCUUGGAAUACUUUUGUCCGUUAGCAGCCUUGAGGCUGCGGGGAUUCUUCGGGAAUUGGCGAAUUACCUUGACGCUCACAUUCCUAGUAGUGAAGUGAUUGCCGGUGCAAUAGGAGUCGUAUCAGCAAUUAUAGAUAAUGUUCCACUGGUUGCAGCAACGAUGGGGAUGUAUGACCUCACCUCCUUCCCCCAGGAUUCUGAGUUUUGGCAGUUGAUUGCAUAUUGUGCUGGCACCGGUGGAUCCAUGUUAGUUAUUGGCUCGGCAGCUGGAGUAGCAUUCAUGGGAAUGGAAAAGGUGGACUUCUUUUGGUACUUACGGAAGGUGAGUGGUUUUGCUUUUGCUGGUUAUGCUGCUGGUAUUGCCGCCUAUCUAGCGAUACAUAACCUCCCCAUCUCCCUACCUACAACUGUAGCUCAGGUUCAUAAAUUAUAGAGAACUUUUGCUUGGAUUUUUCCCUGGCUUCAAACAAGGCAGUAAAAAAUUGUGGCAAUUCGCAUGAGUGUAGUGACGAUUGUGACCACCUUGUUGUUCGGAAUGUGGACAUGGUUUUUUGAGAUAUAGAAAGUCAAAGGAAGACCAGUGGAAAAGAUAGGUUGAGAUCAUUUUGACGUCAUGUCAAUCAGAUUUACAAUAUGAUGAAUUCUGUGAGAAAUGUAAAUAAUAUGCUUUAUAUCCAACAAGUCUUACUUUCAAGGUUAGAAUGAUUGGGGUAAUAUCAAUGUUUCAGUUUCCACU